AUGGUAGGAAUUGUAGGCGUGUCCGACGCGCGCAGAAGAUGUCUUCCAGACAUAGACGGUGAUAUCCGUAUCGCAUAUGGAGCUACUGCAAUGGAAACUCCCAACGCAGGCCGCUCAGGCGGUGUUGGACUGGAUGGCGAUGAUAUGGCCGCACUUGCAUUCCAACACCUGACGGAUCGACAGGAGAUGAAGGACCUUGCUGUCAAGGGCCUCGAUGCUUGUCCCCAUGGCCCACCACUUCGCUCGAGCCUCGAGGUGCCUGUACGGGGGAGUGAUAGGUAUCAAGUAGAUCGCGAUAUUGGUAAGGUGUGCUCUUCGUCUGGUGGAUGUCUGGUAGAUGUCUUCAAAGUUCAAGACGGCGGAGGAAAAAUCUGCAGGUUCAGGACCGAAGAGACUGGAGCAGGAAACGCAAUUGGUCGUAAUAUGCCCAUUCGGCCAGGCUACGAGAUGCUCGUCGUUGUGCCUACAUCUGGGGUGUCAAUUCGCAUUGAGAAGUAUCGCACGGCAAGCCCCCGCUUUCGCCCCGGCGCCCUGCUCGCCAAUCUUAGCUGCUGCUUCAUCGAUGCCAGACACAGCAAACUUCUGCACCCACCCUCUACUCGCUCUCGACACACACAUAGCGUCGUUACAUGUAAUGCAGUAAGCUCGAUCUUCCAGCUGAAGGAAAACACGUGCCACAUACAACUACCACGAAAGGAUCAGCUCUCUUACCUUGAGGAGUCAACGCUUGGUACGACUCCUGCCUUGAGCUUCAAUCUCGAGAAGGAAGUCAUGGAUGAUUCCAGCGACGCUACGAAACGGUCCGAAACGUUGAAGAACAAGGCGCCGCAAAACAGAACUGCCGACCUGGGUACCAUCAGUAGGUCUAAGGUUGGGACUGGAUUCGGAGCGAACGUUCCACUCAUAAGCGGCAUUAUCUGGUCGGUACUCGCCUCGAAGUCGCAGUGUUCGACUAGGAAUACCGGAGACCACUGUGGCGACUUCGCGGCCACGAGCUACUGCGAUGAGGGAGUGGUUUGGCUCCCCCUCCAGGAGAAUGAGGAAUAUUGCAUCGAAACCUGUAGAUGUGCUUCAUGGACUGAAACGACGAUGCUGAUACUCAUGUAUUCUGCGUCAAGUCCUAGGAAGCGGAAAUCGCACGUCUUCGUAGCAUCCUCAAGUAGCAAUGCAUCGAUACCACGCUCGUAUUCAUUAGAGACGAGGAUCUGGAAGUCUGCUGGUGCGAACUCAAUACAUCCUGAAUUCUUCCCGUGCACUCCCGUCAGCCAUAGGUGGACUUUUCAAGAUUUGGAGAUCAUUGCGAAGGAGCCACCACGCUCCUUGCCCAAACUCGGAGAAUUGUGGUGGUGUUGCAUCUGUUCGAGCAGACAGCUGUAUGAGAAUAUGUCUCAGAUCUUGACCUUCGACAUUAGCAAGCUUGGACCACGCCAAUCAGCCAUUGCUCCAUAUACCAUUAAGCUGCGAGGCACUUUGGAUCCGCUGAUCGGCCACGAAAGGACACGGAAAUUGUUUUGCGGCCCCAAAGACCUGAUCAACACUGAGUGCAUGGAGGACAGAUUUGGCGCCCGUGUUGCCGUGGGCCACGGCUAUCGCACCUGCGUUCAGCAGACGACAUUGCCUGGUUUCAAAAGUAUCACCGUUGCCAAUUCACCUAUGACAACGAUUGGCGAAAUACCGAUGAGAUUCCCAGACAUAUCGCCAAAUCACGGCUUCAAAGGCAGAGCAUGUCCACGAGAGUAUCGCAUGAAGGAUCAUGGCCGGGAUGGGCGACUUUGUGAUCCUUGGGUGGAGGGCUGUCUUCGGACCAAGGGCCUCUGA